AGACAUAAAAUAUACAUUUUUGUAUAAUUUUUCAGAAAAUUGUAUUGUAAGAAAUGUUAUUUAUUUAUUGGCAAGAUUUGCGGGUCUUUGGUUGUCAUGUUGCUGCUCUAACUCUGAGGUCAUCUUCUAAAAGGGCUGGCUUGCUGUCAUGUACCAGGGCUUCUGUGGAAGAGAGACAUGUGUACCAGAAGUGUGGUGAGCCAGACGAAGCAGCUUCACGGUUCCAAGUGGCUGAAAAGAAGGAGAUAAGUCCAUCAGAUCCUCCAAUAAAACAGUUGGAGCAGUCCUAUGAGUCUGAAUUCAGUGUGUUCCCUUGGUUGAACAUCAAGGCCAGCUUAUUGCAAGCUGGUGACAGGCAACUGUGCCUGCCGGGGGAUGUUGGUAUCUCCCCUUAUCUUAUGCAGGGUGUGAUGCUGUCAGAUGAGCAACAGAAGACCCUGUGUGAUAGUGAAAUAAUGGCUCAACAUUCUCUAGAAUGUCGCGUCCAAGAGUGUCCCAAGCUUCUGAACAGAGAUGUUUUGUUGCUCUUCCCGGCGGUGAGAGACGCCAGCGUUCCCCUGACGGCCGUGACAGUAGCGCAGCGCACCGUGCACGACAUGGCGGGCUGGAGCGAAGCUGUAGAAGAAGAGCGCGAGGUUCUCCUUGCCCAAUUCAUAGAUGCUGCAAAGAGUAUGUGCACCUCUCUGAGCAGCGACGGCUACUGGGCCGACUUCAUCGACCCCAGCUCAGGGCGAGCUUUCUUCGGUGCCUACACCAACGCCACUCUUUUCGAGACGGAUGAGCGCUACAGACAUCUGGGCUUCACCAUUGAUGACUUGGGAUGCUGCAAGGUGCUGUCCCACCGAGAAUAUGGAACACAUGUAUUUGUGGGUUGCAUCUUCACAGACGCUCCUAUUGGCAGUGCGUCUCUCACUGGCGUCGUGAGCGCCAUGCACGGCACGCGGACGUCUUAACGCUCCCAUGCACUAGCGAGCAGCUCUGACGAGUCUUCACUAGGAAAUUUAUCAUCUAGAUUCCGUAGCAUAAGAAAACUUUUGCUGCGUCUAAAAAUAUGUAAGGGUUAUCGAUAUCACAAAUAAGUUGUUAGUGUCUAAUUUGAAAGGAGUUUCCGAGCAUCUUUACUCCUUACUUCUUGGAAAUACUCCACCCUUAAAUGUACAUUUAAUGCUUGAACAAUAAAUAAAUUUUUUUUAAAGUUUUAAAUUACAGCACCAUGAGAUUAAUUAAUACGUGUUUUUUUGGAAAACUAGUAAAAAAAUAUUACUGUGUAGUGUGUAACAUGCGUAACGGAUAAUUUUAAUAGCUUUAGGAGUUAUCAGGCAAUCUUGUUACACUCAUCAUCUUACGCCACCCAUCGUUUCAAGUGUACUGUAAAUACAGACCUCGCAUAAAUUGUAUAGGUUUCUUCGUACGUUUCAACAUAUGCCGUAUUUAUUUAUUGUAAAUAUAUAAUUAUGAAGUUCGCUGACAUUCAAACAAGUGUCCAUUGGUAUAACCCGAAGGAAUGGGACCGUCAAUGUUUUUUCUGAAAGUUAUCUUUAUCAAAUACUUUAAAGUGGGGGUGUAAAUUCCUUAUAUAUAGCCGAUCAAAUUCUUAACCGAGAUACGAUUUUUUUUCUACACUUAGCCGUUUUUUACCUAUUUUCCCCUUACAUUAAAAAUUUAUUGUUCAUUAUUGCGAGAGGAAUAUUUUUCGUUUUUUUCUGUCACCGGUGCUCUUAACAUUUAUGAAAAGAAUAAAACUUCUGUGUAAAAUUGUAAUAGUUAAAAGAGUUGUCUAGACUGUCAACGACG